UCUGUACAGUUCUUUGAGUGACACAUUGGAUCUUGAAAUAUAUACAAUACAGUGCUUACAGAAGUUGACAAUUUUUUUCUUUUAUAUUUCGAAGGCUUCAAGUCUCAUGUUGUUUUUAUAAGCAUAUCUUUCGAUAUGGAUAAAACUAAAGGAAUAACAAAAUAAAUAUAAACAAAUUUAAAGAAGGAGGCAAUAUAGUGAAAGAAAAACAAUUUUGACAGCUCUUUUGAUAUUAUCAGGAAUCAGUAAAUAGUGGGCAAUGUACUCAAAUGAUAUUCCAGAUCUCUGUAGAAAGGUCUCACUACCGUGUCCUGCAGGUGAAAGAUUCAGAGAUGCAGUCACAUGUCGGGAAUACUAUGAAUGUGGAUAUGACGGUCAGUUUUUAAUCAAGCGACUUUGUCCCGGAAGAAAAGAGUUUGACUCUAAACGUGGUUUCUGUGUUGUCAGUUCAUCAUUUAAAUGUGAAACUCCAGUAAGAUGUCCAAAUCUAUCUUGGUCAAAUAAUCUAAUCCCAGCGGAGAAUUCCUUCCCGACUGACUACGUAGUGGGUGGUGUACUUGGAUCUCUUGCACUUGUUACCCUGUCAAUUCUGAUAGUUGCAUGUAUAAGAAAAUGGCAGAUAAGAAAAAAAAGCCGUCGACGAAUUCAACUACGGAAAAAUCUUCGUAGCAGGCGUAUGGUACCAGUUUUUGAUAGUUCCGAUUAUUUUCACGACAAGAUGGCUCAAAUGUACGAAAGAAUAAGUAGUAGCCACAAUAUUUCACGUCCAUAUUAUCCACCAAUGUUUAGACCGAUGGCGAUGCGACCGCAAUACGUCCAACCGUAUAGAUACCCACAUCCUUUUGGAAAUUUCGAUAGUUUCGGUUCCAGCGAUCCUGCUCUGUACAUACCAAAUGUUCAUAGUGAACAGAGUGAUGAACCAUCAAUUAUUACUGGAAGUUUUAUCUACCAUAGCCCGAACAAUCUACCACCGCAUUUUAUCUCUAACCCUAACUACAAUGAUCCGGAUUUAUCUUACGACAGUUUCAAGAACGAUCACUUUUUCGCAAGCAGCUCUCUUGGAGUCAUAAACAAUACACUGACAACUCGCCAGCUGCAUCUCUGAUUUCUUUUGUUGUUGUUGAUGUCCUUUUUAUUAAUGAAAAUAUUAUUUUUGUAUAAAAUGCAUUCUUUAUGUUCAUACAUAAUACAUCUGCACUCAGAACAUUGCAAUCUGCACUUUGUUCCAAUUCUUUAAACAUAUUCAAUCUGCAUGCGAUGUAAGUUACUAAACAGAACACUGAGCUGCUGUUUUCUCUUUAGAAAUUAAGCGAUGUAAGAAAAGAAGCGUGACUGUCCAGACAAUAAAUUUAUCCUUUUCAUUAAUGGCAUGUUAGUUUUGGAGAAUUUUUGAUUCUUGAGAUUAUCUCCCCUUCGCGUAUGGAAGUUUGUCUUAAUUGCCAUUUUGAUAAUUAUGAUACAUCCUACAGAGACAGAGAUAAUUUGAAUAAAUCAAGGAUUUAUAUUGUAUGGUAUUUAUAUACCAAUAUUUAUCUAUGUUGUUCGAGUACAUGCACUGGCCGCUCGAGUUAUUUCUCUGAGCUCAUUUUUGUUUAAAUUAUGCAAAUAU